AUGGCUCCACGCGGGGAGAAGAGUCAAUUGAAACGAGGCCGGGCCGGAGCUGCAGAAGAUUUGUCCUCCAAGAAACCUCGACGCUCGGAGCGGCUGUCCCAAGCUCCAACGACCCCAAUAUCGAAAAAACAACAGCUUCCUUCUCCUCUUACCCAUGAUGCUAGUUCCUCGACCGAAGCAUACAAAGAGGCCACGGCCACGCCCCCUGAAGGUCGGCCAAGCCAACUGCACCAUCGCCCUAUGGAUAACAACUCACUAGUUGACGGAGCAGGCUUAUCAUCCCCACCGCAAGAUACACAAGCGUUUUCACAGUACAUCCAUCCUGCCAUGUUUUCAGAUGAUAUUGAUGAGGAAGAGGACGGAGUCUGGGGUUACUUGGUUCCAUUAGACCCAAAAUACGGCAAAUCUCUUGUCCUUAACAAGAGCACCACAUGCACCUCGUCGGAUUCCAAGAAGUCCUCCGAAAAGGACAGCGCUGGUCGUAAACGACCGUUGGGAAAGGGUGAGAAUCCUGAUGAGGAGUUGAAGACCAAGGGUGUUGCUUCAGGGGGCUAUCUAGUAGGCCGGCAUCCAGAGUGCGAUCUGAUGAUCGAUGAUCCAAUAGUGUCAAAUAGACAUUGCCUUAUCUUUACGGAGCAGAAAGAUGGUGAAACGGUAGCCGUUGUUGAGGAUCUAUCGAGUAAUGGCACAUUCAUUAAUGAGGCUAUGCUCGGCCGCAAUAAACGUCGGGAGCUACAAGACCAAGAUGAGAUCACAGUUCUAGAUGGAGCCCGGUUCGUGUUUAGAUACCCAAAGAGUCGAGGCACGAGCGUUUUCCUGCAAAAAUACACUCUUCUCGAGAAACUUGGGAAGGGGCAUUUUGCAGAGGUAUUCUUGUGUGUCGAGAAAACAACUGGGCAGCGGUAUGCCGUCAAGGUCUUUACAAAACAACCAGGUGUCGAAGAACGGUCGAAAACGGAAGGGUUGCAGCAAGAGAUUGCUGUGCUAAUGAGCGUUAGCCACCCUAAUGUGCUAUGUUUAAAAGACACAUUUGAUGAGCCAGACGCCGUUUAUUUGGUAUUGGAGCUUGCUGCUGAAGGAGAAUUGUUCAACUGGAUUAUUAUGAAGCAGAAGUUGACCGAGGCGGAAACCCGAAAGGUCUUUAUCCAAUUAUUCCAUGGAACGAAAUAUCUACAUGACCGAGCCAUUGUUCAUCGCGAUAUCAAACCCGAGAAUAUCCUCCUCACGGACAAGAAUCUCCAUGUGAAACUGGCCGACUUCGGGCUAGCCAAGAUCAUUGGAGAGGAAUCAUUUACUACAACAUUAUGCGGCACCCCAAGCUAUGUUGCCCCUGAGAUCCUCGAAGACAGCAAGCAUCGACGCUAUACCCGUGCAGUCGACGUCUGGUCUUUAGGAGUUGUCCUAUAUAUCUGUCUCUGUGGCUUCCCUCCAUUUUCUGAUGAACUCUACUCGCGGUCGAACCCCUAUACACUCACACAGCAGAUUAAGCUGGGCAAGUUCGACUAUCCCUCACCAUAUUGGGACUCUGUAGGCGAUCCCGCUCUGGAUCUCAUCGACAGGAUGUUAACGGUGGACGUCGACAAGCGCUACACCAUCGACGACUGCCUGGAACACCCUUGGACUACUCAGAAGCCAAUAAAUGUCAACGACAGCACAGACGGGCUCGUUGGAGGAAUCGCCGGCCUCGAUUUCAGCAAGAGAAAGCUGGCAAGAGAGCGGACAUUGCUCGCUAGCAUUAAUGAUGUUAAGAUAUCCAAAGUCAUCGACGUUGAACCUAACCAAGACCCAGUCAAGGUAUAUGUUAAGAACCCAAAUGUGAAAUUAUCACAAAACAAAGUCAACAAUAUGGCUGCCAAUGGAUCGUCUAACGGAACAAUUAAAGCCAAACAUGAAGACACCCCUUCCAAGAGCCGUGAUCCCGCGGAGUUUAUGGUCCUUGGCGGCAAGGGAGAUCAAGAGCUCUUCGGAAAUGAAGACAGCAUUUACCCCGCAACAGAGCUCAAGGCAGCCAAGGGAUGA